AUGAACACCACCGAUCCAGAAUACUGGAAGAAACGGAUGGUGAAUUAUCUCUUUAGAGACCAUUCCGCCGAUCAACUCCGCUCCAUCGCUUCUUCUCCCGAUUCACAACUUCAUUUUCCUCUAUACGUCGACUUCGCAGAGUUGAUGGAUUAUGAUCCUCGCAUUGCUCAUCUAAUCUUUUCCCAAUCCAACACCUACCUUCAACUAUUCGACGAUGCUGCUCUUUUGGCUCAUAGAAUUGAGUUAAGCGAAAUGGCUGCUGAUGAAAAGAAUAAAGUGGUUGAGAAAAAAUUUAUUCAUGUUCGCAUUAAUGUCGGUGGUUCUCCCCUUGAAUGCUCUGAGACUUUUCCGAGCAUAGGGCGUGUACGGGUGCAGCACCGAGGGAUUCUACUCACUGUCAAAGGGAUAGUAAUCAGGUCUGGAGCAAUCAAGAUGCAUGAAGGGGAGAGGAAGUACAUGUGCCACAAAUGUAAAAACAGCUUCACAGUUCAUCCUGAGGUGGAAGCUCGAAACUCUAUAUCAUUACCUUCAACGUGCCCAAUUCAGCAGAAGUCGAAGCCCUGUGGUGGUUCAAAAUUCCAGUAUGUAGAGAACACUAUUGUGUGCCAUGAUUAUCAGGAGAUAAAAGUGCAAGAAAGUACACAAGUGCUAGGUGUUGGAGCGAUUCCUCGUUCGAUUCUCGUCAUCUUGAAGGACGACCUUGUUGAUGCUGUUAAAGCUGGAGAUGAUGUGAUUGUCACCGGUCUCUUAACAGCAAAAUGGUCUCCAGAGUUGAAGGAUGUGCGUUGUGACCUUGAUCCCGUAUUAAUAGCCAACAAUGUAAGGAGAAUCAAUGAAUUGAAGUCAGAAAUUGAUAUUUCUGAUGUCAUAGUUAUGAAAUUCAAGCAGUUUUGGAAUCAAUUCAAAGAUGCGCCUUUAAAAGGAAGGAAUGCUAUUCUACGAGGAAUCUGCCCUCAAAUAUUUGGUCUUUUCACUGUCAAGCUGGCAGUUGCGUUAACAUUGAUCGGAGGUGUGCAACACGUCGAUGCUUCUGGAACAAGGGUAAGGGGGGAGUCCCACUUACUCUUGGUCGGUGAUCCUGGCACUGGAAAAUCACAGUUUCUGAAAUUUGCUGCAAAACUGAGCAACCGAUCUGUUAUUACAACUGGGUUGGGAAGCACUAGUGCAGGAUUGACUGUUACUGCUGUGAAAGAUGGGGGUGAGUGGAUGUUGGAAGCCGGGGCCCUUGUCUUGGCAGAUGGAGGAUUGUGUUGCAUAGAUGAAUUUGAUAGUAUGAGGGAACAUGACAGAGCAACAAUACAUGAAGCCAUGGAGCAACAGACAAUAAGUGUUGCCAAGGCUGGUCUUGUAACAACCCUCAGCACCAAAACAACAGUAUUUGGCGCCACAAAUCCUAAGGGACAUUAUGAUCCUGACCAACCUCUGUCUGUCAAUACAACCCUCUCUGGUCCCUUGUUAAGCAGGUUUGAUAUAGUCCUAGUGCUCUUGGAUACAAAGAAUCCUGAAUGGGAUGCAGUAGUUUCAUCUCAUAUUCUUUCUGAGGCAGAACCAGAUAGAACAUCCAAUGAUGAAGAUCUAGCAAAUAUUUGGCCUCUUUCUACUCUUAAGAGAUAUGUACACUAUUUAAAAGAAAAAUUCAGACCAGUCCUUACGAGAGAGGCCGAAGCAGUUAUAUCCAGCUAUUAUCAACUUCAAAGGAGAUCUGCCACUGAUAAUGCAGCUAGAACAACUGUCCGCAUGCUUGAAAGUUUGAUUCGCCUAGCUCAAGCUCACGCACGGCUGAUGUUCAGAAACGAGGUGACUCAACUAGAUGCCAUCACAGCUAUUUUAUGCAUAGAAUCUUCCAUGACUACCUCCGCUAUUGUGGAUUGCAUUGGGAAUGCUCUGCAUUCCAAUUUCACUGACAACCCUGAUCAGGAAUAUGCAAAGCAAGAAAGGUUGAUCCUAGAAAAAUUGGGAUGCAAAGACAACUUAUCUGAUAUGAAUAUCAUGGAAGACUGA